GAUGAAGAUGAGUGGAAAGAAUUUGAGCAAAAGGAGGUUGAUUACAGCGGCCUCAGAGUUCAGGCAAUGCAAAUAAGUGAAAAGGAAGAAGAGGAUAAUGAAAAGAGAGAUGAUCCAAGUGAUAACUGGGAAGAAGGUGGAGGUGGAGGUGGUGGUGUAGAAAAAUCUUCAGGUCCCUGGAAUAAAACAGCUCCAGUGCAAGCACCUCCUGCUCCAGUAAUUGUUACAGAAACCCCCGAACCGGCAAUGACUAGUGGUGUGUACAGGCCUCCUGGGGCCAGGUUAACCACGACAAGGAAAACACCACAAGGACCACCAGAAAUAUACAGCGACACACAGUUCCCAUCCCUGCAGUCCACUGCCAAGCAUGUAGAGAGCCGGAAAUACUGAGCCUUCGUAAGGGUUGACUACCUCAGAUUUGCUGCACUCAUUGUGGACUUCGUGUGGAUCACAACUUCUGGAUGAGAAGGUUACAGCUAUUAAGUGUUGAUGUGAAACUUGAAACCAGCUCUACUGGAUUCCUGUCAGAAAUCCUGAAGAAAGUCAGCCAUCGGGGUUCUGAUCUGCUGUAAAAGAGGAAGAUUUAAGUGACCUUAAUUAACCUGUCCUGUGCCCCACCCUUUAGGAAUAUUCUCUCCAGGGCUGUGGCUGUAUUAGACUUCCGGAACAUACCGCUCUCAAAAGAACUGAUGUGUUCAGAUAAUCUGUGUAGGGCUGUGAUUUAUAAUUUAAACUUUGAGUUGUAUUCUGAGGUAACCACAAAUUAAAUGCAACCAAACUUGGGUCCACCAAGUGGGAAAGGGGGUGGGGGAGAGAAUAAUCUUGUUUCUUUUAGUAAUUUUUUAUUUGGGUAGUGCUUUUUCUGUGUUCCACAUUAAGGCCUUUUUUUGCUUUGACUUGGAAUAAGUCCUUUGACAGAGCAUAUUGCUUGGUUAACUAAGGAACAUGAAAUAUGCGUUAGAAUUGUGAAAUGUCUCGUGAAUUUGCCAGUCCCUAGAGUGGAACCAAAUAGCCUUUGAUGUAAAGGGCAGUGGAUGCAGGGGGCUCUACUUCAGGUGCUGCUAAAGCCUCCUCUAAUCAGGUUGAAAUUGCAGAGGAAACUGCAGUGGAGCGAGUGUGGUUUCUGCUCAGGCCAGGGGAUUCACUGACUUGUCCUUGUAAAUGCAAAGCAACGUGAGCAGAACCUCAGCCCAAAACCCACUUAAGUGUCAUGGAUCUUGCCUGAUCUUUGACAGGAAUUCCAGAUACACUUGUGCCCAAAUUUUUAAGGUAUUGGACGUUCUGUAGAUGCAGUGAUUGUCCAGCUUAGCUCUGUUAUCAACCUUCUGGUGUGUCUGUACGUUGUUCAUUUGGAGAGUCAGGGGCAAAAGACAGGUGAUGUAGCACUUCUGUUUUUAAUAAUUACAGCUUAAACUAUCCAGUAAUUUUUAGUCCUUAAAACGGACUGCAGGAAACUGCCCAGGAUUACUGAAGUCUUUCCAUCUAACGAGAUAGUCUGGUAAUUUCUUAGUUUUGUAUCUUUGGUUCAAUAGAAAUAUUUCAAAGUGGUGUGUGACCACUUGAUGCAGAGUCUGGGUUGCUCUAUAAUAAAUCCUUUUGCCAAAUGCCGGAGUUGCAGACUUGCUACUGGCGAGAGUGAAGCGAAUGGGUGAGUAGAACUAUGCUGAUGUGGGAGCAUUUUCCUGUAGGAGUUCAGUCUUGAUGAAAGUGUCCAUGUGGGAAUCGGACUCCUCGGAGGGUCACAGUAUCUCCUGAUGGGACCUGCCAGCCACAGCUGGGCAAUAAUGCUGGCAUUUUCUGAGUUGGCAGGAGGAUGGCUGCCUUCUGAUGUAUUUGGGUGAUGAGCCAGCCAAGGAGAGGUUGGAUGAUUAAGUGAGAAUACAAGGGAUUCUUGGUUAAACUGAAGACUCCGUUUGGGAACCAAAAAUCUUAACAAAUAAUCUCUUGGACCUUGAGCCACGUAUUUCCCCAGAAAAGUAUGCAUUUUUUUCUAGCAAAAUUUUGUUGGGGGUUGUGUUAUUGAAGAAUGAACUGAGAUGAAUAUGUGGAACUGUUAUUUAAUGGUAUACUGUACAGAAAUCUGAAGACCUUCAGGAGAUUUAAAAUUCUAACUCUUGUUAAAACUUUUUAAAAGAUUGUGAAAUUAUCAAAAUGCACAUGAAUCAAGUUUUAAUAUACUGUAUGAUGGGUGGAUGAGGCUGUCCAUUGUACCAUUCUUUCUUUGAAUUCUCAGGCAUGGUUUGGCAGUGCAAGAACUCUGUAACAUUAACAAAUUCAAUAAAAAGUAAAUAUAUGGA